AAGCCUUCCUAGUUGUUAGGGUGCAUCACCAUGUCGCUCUUCAAGGGAUCCCUGCCGGCAGGCUUCCUAUACCCCUACCGGCAUCCUAAAGCCAAGGGGCUGGUUGAGUCUACGCUCUAUGGCCUCGGUGGCCUUUUCCGUGCAUGUGGCGCUGCCAUAGACGAGCUUGGAGCCAUGAUUCAGGGACCUCAGGGCGCUGUGGAGGAGACAGUCCAGCCCAACCUGGCGUUCGCUCCGGUGCACCGCAAGCCGGACGUGCCGGUGGGCGCCGGACAAGUGGUGCCCGUCCCUGCCGCUGCUCAGCGGAAGCUGGGCCUUAAGGAGAUGGUGAUUCCUAACAAGCACAGCACGGCUUAUGUCGCUGCCAACGCUAAUGUGCUUGGAAACGUGAAGAUUGGGGCCAACUCCUCCAUUUGGUAUGGCGCCGUGCUGCGUGGCGACGUCAAUGGCAUCGAAAUUGGCAGCAACACAAACAUCCAGGACAACGCUGUGGUGCACGUGUCAAAGUACAGCUUUGACGGCAGUGCUCGGCCCACGGUUAUUGGGAACAACGUGACUAUUGGCCACGGCGCGACGGUGCACGCCUGCACCAUUGAGGACAACUGCCUGGUGGGCAUGGGAGCCACGGUCCUGGACGGAGCGACGGUGAAGAGCGGCUCCAUCGUGGCAGCCGGCUCGGUGGUGCCGCCCAAGACGACCAUCCCCUCGGGCCAGGUGUGGGCCGGCUCCCCCGCCAAGUUCCUGCGCGAGCUGGAGCCCGAGGAGGCCGCCUUCGUCGCCAAGAGCGCCGCCAACUACUCGGAGCUCUCGGGCGUGCACAAGUUCGAGCAGAGCAAGACGUUUGAGGAGCAGCACGUGGAGAUGGCCAUCAUGAAGGACCGCGCCGCGCUCUCCGACCCCGCCAACUCGGUCCACCAAAUGUGGGAGUACGACAGCCAGACCGCCCUCGUGGCGCGCGCCAAGAGGUAAACGGUGUGCCAUGUGGCCUCCGCGCCGUCGCGUGGAGGGCAGCCCAUUGGCCCCGCAGCCGUCCUCCCAUCCUAUCUUAACAGCUGUGCAGCCAUGUGGUCGGCAAGUGCCAGUCAUGUGCGAUGACAGCGGAGUUCUAGGGUGCUUUUGAUGGGGCAGUCCUGAGGCCGCCGCGGUUGAGAACGAACGCCCUCUUUUUCUUCCAUGGAUUGCUCUGGUUGGUUGGCUGGCUGGUUGGCACGCAUCUUGUCUUCUUCGAUGCAGCCAGCAGUGGCAGCGGCAGCUGUGGAGGGAGCAGAGCAGGGACGUCGUGUCUAGCAUGUUGUGCGUGGCAAGCAGCGCCGGGUGGAGAUGAAGGAGGGGUGCCGAAUCCAGGAAAGCUGGACAUGUGGGCCUCAUUGGCUGUUAGGGUGGGAGCGGCGUAGGGGCAUUAGGGCUGCAAUGGCUAACGGCGCUGUUGGUUUUCGAGUGGAAUUGGGGCCAGGGGCGGUUUGUGUGGUUGCGGUAUGGCGUUUCGGUGAUGGGUGAUGAUGUGUACGGCGGUUGGGUGCACGGUACGGCGCGCAUGGGGUUCAGAGCUGCCUCGCGCCGGUGGUUGUAACUGAUGCGUUCGUGCACAUGCUUGGCGCACGCUGGUGCAAAUGGGAGAGUCCGAGCCUGGCGCGUGCUGGGGUGCUUGGUGCGGUGUGGGUGCUCUCCCCGCUGGCCUCUUGGCCGCUGUAUAGCGCACAGCUUCGGUCGAGUGGUAGUUGGGUGCUGGGGGUGCGUGAGAGCUCGGGCCUCUAGGCUGCUAGAAAAGGGUUUACAUAGCGGGUAUGGCGGAGGACAGAGGAGGGGCCGCCGGGCGCCUCUUCCUUGAGUCUGGGCGUGCGUUGUGAGCCGGAAAAGCGGAGUCGUUACCGCUGCUUAGUGAGGUUGCGACAUGCGCGCUGGUGUCUUGGCAUGGAGAGCAGUAAGAGCUUUUGUAAGGAAUCCUGUGCAACG